AUGCCAUCUGAUCCAAUGCAAAGGGAGCUGUCCUCUCUGGGCGGUGCGAGUUACAGGCCUCUCCUCUGGCUUCCCCUCCUUGCACCGCCUCCGCUGCCUCAUUUCCUGCAGCGCAGGCAGAAGAGGAAGGCUUGUGCGAGCUUGUCAUUGCUCCCCUCCUGCCCGGCCCUGCCAAAUUGCAUCCUGCCCUUCGAGAUGCCGGCUUACCAUUCCACUUUAAUGGAUUCUGAUACCAAGUUAGUUGGGAACAUGGCACUGUUACCCAUCAGAAGCCAGUUUAAAGGCCCAGCACCUCGGGAAACUAAGGACACAGAUAUUAUAGAUGAAGCCAUCUACUACUUCAAAGCUAAUGUUUUCUUCAAAAAUUAUGAAAUUAAGAAUGAGGCUGACAGAACAUUGAUCUACGUAACUCUGUACAUCUCUGAGUGCUUGAAAAAGCUGCAAAAGUGUAACUCCAAAGGCCAAGGAGAGAAAGAAAUGUACACAUUAGGAAUCACUAACUUCCCAAUCCCUGGGGAGCCUGGCUUUCCACUUAAUGCCAUCUAUGCCAAACCUGCCAACAAGCAGGAGGAAGAGGUGAUGAGGGCCUACUUGCAGCAGCUGAGACAAGAAACUGGUCUUCGGCUUUGUGAAAAAGUAUUUGAUCCUCAAAGUGACAAGCCUAGCAAGUGGUGGAUCUGCUUUGUGAAGAGACAGUUCAUGAACAAGAGUCUGUCAGGUCCCGGCCAGUGAAGAAGCAAAGCCGCAACAACGUUAGGCAUUUCCACGAGGUGUAUAAAGUAUUUUGCCUUUAUUUUGGAUAUAUUUUGUACCAUGGAAGAAUUAAGUGCUUAUGAAGAAAAAAAAAUCAGUCAAUGCGGAAAAGGAGGAAGUAGAACAAAAAAAUCAUUUGAGUACUGUAAACAACUAUUAUUAAGCUGGUGCUUAAUAAAUGAUUUAUAAUAUGCUGUUUCAGAUACAGGUUGCUUUAUUAUCUGUGGCUACAGCUAACAUUUAACUUUUUUUCUCCCUUAAGAGAGGAGGUAUGUAGGGAGCUGUGUAAUUGCUCUACUGGCUAGAGUUUUGCUACUGUGUCCCUGGAAAACAUGCCUCUCAUGCUAUGUUGUCAAGUUCUGUGACUUUUACAUUUUUUUUCCCAAUAAACUUAGCUUGUGGUUA